AUGUCUACAGAUUACAAUUAUGAUGAACAGGGGCAAUUUUUCCCGUUCUUCAUCCUGACUCUUACCGGCCUCGUCACUCUCCCUCUCACAUACAACCUUCUCAAACCGAGCAAGGAGCUCGAGAAUACCGCCCCCCGGAUACAAUCAGAUUACAAGCCAGAACAUGGCGAUCUCAUCGAAGCACAGAAGCGCAAACGCCUGCGCAAGGAACGCCGUAUCAAGCGCAUAGUGACCGUCAUCGCAGGCUAUGCCAUCAUGGCAUGGAUGGCCUAUUUGAUCGUCGUCACUGCGAGAACCGCACCCAAGAUCUGGGAUCCAUAUGAAAUUCUGGGUAUCUCAAGGAGCGCGGAUGAAAAAGCCAUCUCCAGACACUACAAGCGUCUUUCUCUCAUAUACCAUCCCGACAAAAUCCGUCCUGAUCCCUCUAAGAACGAGACCAUCGAGACUCUCAACGAGCGCUUCGUUGAGCUGACCAAAGCCUACAAAGCGCUGACAGAUGAAGAAGUGCGGAAUAACUACAUUCAAUACGGUCAUCCCGAUGGCAAACAGAGUUUCAGCAUCGGUAUUGCUCUCCCGAAGCUCAUCGUUUCAGAAGGAAAUGGGAAAUACGUCCUGUUGGUCUACGGAGCUCUGCUCGGUGUUCUGCUGCCUUAUAUCGUCGGAAAGUGGUGGUAUGGAUCUCAGCGCUACACCAAGGAGAAAGUCCUAGUCGCAAGCGCCGGCAACAUCUUUCGGGAAUACAAGGAAGACAUCACCGAUGGCGGUAUCAUCAAUGCGCUGUCUGCGGGUGUGGAGUUCAAGGACAUGCUCAAGGGCUCCCACGCGGAAGCUGGACUUGCGAAACUUGAGAAGAAGGUUUUGGCUGAAGGCUCGAUACUGACACCUGAGACGCGGAAGGCUCUGUCACAAAUGGACGAUUCCACCCGGCGGAAGGCACUCGCAUUACUGUGGGCUUAUUUGGGCAGGAUUGACUUGGAGGAUGCUACGCUGAAUGGAGAGAAAUACGAGGCUGCUCCAAUUGCCCUCUCUCUGAACGAAGCAUUUACCGCCAUUUCCCUCGCCUUCGGUAACCUUCAUCCUAUUCUCGGCUCCUUCCGCGCAUCCCAGCAUCUGAUCCAAGCUGUUGCUCCGGGCUCGUCGCCACUGUUGCAACUGCCAUACUUCAACAACGGAGUCAUCAAAGCUAUUGAAGGCGUAGAUGCCAAGGAUCAUUACACCGUGCAGAAGUUCAUGAGCUUGCCCGAAGACAAGCGGCGCAGCCUGACCGUCGGUGCUGGUCUCCUGUCCGAGAAGCAGUAUUCAACAGCCGUGUCCGUCGCCAAGCAACUACCCGUUCUUGAAGUCUCCAGGGCCUUCUUUAAGGUCAUGGGAGAGAAGGUCAUUACCCCAAGCAGUCUGGUGCAACUGGUCGUGAAAGCCCGGUUCAUCCCUCCGGGCUCCACCAACAUCCCCGAAGUGAACCCCUCCGAACUGGAAGACGUUGACCCAGAUGAGGACGACCUCGACGCUCUCAUGGGCCGAAAGCCCCCCAAGAACAGACCUACCAAGACCGUCAACGGCCAACAGGUCGAGAACAAGAUUGAGACUAUCCAGCCCCCUCUCGCUCACGCACCCUACCUGGCUCGCGACCACUCUCCUCGCUGGCACAUUUUCCUGGCCGAUGCCAAGCAAGGCAAGAUGGCCGUGCCUCCAUUUACCUUCACCACCUUCGAUAAGCCCCUGUUCGACGAGGCAGGAAAGCCCACCUUCAACGUCCAAACACUCAAGAUGCAGUUCCAGGCUCCUCCUCAGGUAGGAGACUUCACCUUUGUCAUGCACAUGAUGUGUGACAGCUAUCUGGGUCUCGACACAAAGCUGGACAUCACGCUACAUGUCGACGAUCCAGCCAAGGCGGCUGCUCUCGAGGAAGAAGACGACAUCAGCGAGCCCGAUGAAGAUUCUAUUGCUGGCCAGAUGCAGGCCCUGAAGACCGGCCAACCGCCCAAGAAGAAGGCACGGAAGCCCUCUGAUGAGUCUAGCGAGGAGGAGAGUGAUACUGAUGGCGAUGCGGGAGAUACCAGCGACACAAACACAGAAACUGAUGUUGAUGAUUAA